CCCGCCGUGGCCCCUCUCGAAGCUGUUGGAGCUAUAAACUCUGCUCUUCCCGCUCUCUUGGACUUCAGUUUCUACCUCCAUAUCUCAAGCAUCCAGUUUCUUUGAUCUGUGACAUAUUCCACAGCUUCUUUGUCUUGUAUACAUCAACUACCGAACUCCUUAACAAUCAUCAUGCCUCUCGCCGGACACUGCCUCUGCAAGGCCGUCACAUACACGGUCGACAUGGACGAGCCCCUCCUCGUUGGUUACGACCACUGUGACGACUGCCAGCGCCAGAGCGGUUCCACCUACUCCCUGGUUGCUGUCGUCAAGAAGGACAAGCUCACCAUCAACGGCCCCGUCAAGACCUACUCCGGCAGCAAGGGCUCCUCUGGCAAGAUCGUCCACCGCCUCUUCUGCUCCGAGUGUGGUUCCCCCAUCGCCCACGACCCCGAUGCCGCCCCCGAGAUCAUCGCCCUCAAGGCUGGCACCUUUGAGUCUGAGCUGAAGCAGAAGCUCAAGCCCGACACCGAGAUCUGGACCGUUGGCAAGCUUCCCUUCUGCCAGGAGCAUCUCGCCAAGCCCUUCACCCACAUGCCCGAGUAAAUAUUGGUUCCUGCAGAGUGACGAUGUUGAUGACGGUGUUUGAUGGGGUGUUAUUGUGAAUAUUAUUUUGGAUGCACAAAUAGCUCCAAUCUUAAUGAAAUAGUUGAUGAAAUAAAUAAAAAGCCAAUUGCAC